AUGGCGGUGAGCGAUAAGAAAUUUAAUGAGAUCAUGACACAUAACAAAAUGCUUGAGACACAAAUCACCCAACUAGAAAACACUUUGAAAGAUUGUGCUAGUCCUUCUUCAUUGCCUUCUCAAAGAGUUGAUCAAAAGAAACCCGUUUAUUCCAUCACCACAAGGAGUGGAAGAGUUCUUGAAGAGAGAGUUUAUAGGGAUUGUAAGGAGGACAAGAAUAAGAGUGUUUCAAGUGAGCAAAAAGAGGAAGAUGUGUCAAGAGAUGUGAGCAAAGAAGAGAGCCAUGAGAAAAAGAAGAGUGGUGAGAGAAAGCAAGAGGAAGAGGUCCAUCUUUCUAUCCCUCUUACCGAAGCCAUGACACAAAUUCCUAGAUAUUCCAAGUUCCUUAAGGAUAUCAUGAGUGGAAAGAGAGAUUGUAAUGAGAUAGAUUUGGUGGAUCUUGGUGAGUGUUGUAGUGCUUUGAUUCACAAUGACCUCCCCAAGAAGAAGAAAGAUCCGGGUAAUUUCUCCAUUCCUUAA